UACGUGUGUGCGCAGAGAGGAAGUAUUAAAAAGUGAACUCAGAGCAGAUCUAGAAAGAAGAAGAAACUGUUAAUUUUAGCCGGCGGGAAACGGAAUAUUUGUGGGUGCAAAAGCUCUUUUUCUCCCCCUCACAAUUGCUUCCCUCUUUCGCUUAAACCCUAAUCAUCGAGAUCCCUCAAACCCUACGAUUUCGAUUUCAAUUUCAAUUAGCGGAGAUAGCGAGAGAGAGAGAGAGAGAGAAACUUACCGAACAGCGCAUCUACUCUUCGUCCGAAUUGUUUCAAUGUCGUGUGUUUCGAAACCACUAGAGGAAGAAGCAGAAGAAGAAGAAGAAACCCAAAGGAAAACCGAAGAACUUCACGACCACUCUGAUAUUCCAGUUCGUUACGCCUCUCUUGAGAGCGUCUACUCCGUCUCCCCUUCUUCGUGUUGCAUUAGCGCCGCUGGUUCACAUAAGAAGGUCAAUGCCUAUAAUAAGCAUUCUAUAGCCGAUGCUUUACAAUCCCAUGGUCAUGCGGCUGAUUUUGAGUUGGGGCCUCAUCGCCGACCGGAGAUUGUUCACGUCUAUUGUCGUCGUAAGAGGAGGAGGAGGAAGCGGCGGGAGUCUUUCGUUGAGUUAGCAAUAUCUCAGAACGAGGGAGAGGAGAGAAAGACUGUGAAAAGUGAAAGUACGGAGCUUGAUGAGGAGGAGAAGAAGAAGCCCAAGAGGAGGAGGAUCGGUAAUGGUGAGCUCAUGAAACUGGGCGUGGAUUCUACUACGUUAAGCAUCUCUGACACACCCGCUUUAAGGGGAUGUCGAAUUAAAGCUGUGUGUAGCGGAAGUAAACAAAACGGAUCUUCCCGGACGAAGAACACUUUUGUCAAGAAUCAGGACAAGGUUCUCACCGCUUCUGCUACUGCUAAGAAAUGGGUCAGGUUGAGGUAUGAUGGUGUCGAUCCUAAAAAUUUCAUUGGGCUACAAUGCAAGGUUUUUUGGCCAUUGGAUGCUGUUUGGUAUCCUGGUUUUAUCAGUGGAUAUAAUGUAGAGACAAAACAUCACAUUGUUAAAUAUGGAGAUGGAGAUGGCGAGGAAUUAGCUCUUCGUCGUGAAAAGAUCAAAUUUCUAAUUUCUCGUGACGAGAUGGAUUCGCUAAAAAUGAAGUUUGCUUCCAGUGAUGUGGCUGUUGAUGGUCAAGAUUAUGAUGAACUGGUUAUAUUGGCUGCUUCGUUUGAGGAAUGCCAAGAUUUUGAGCCUAGAGACAUCAUAUGGGCGAAACUAACUGGUCAUGCUAUGUGGCCAGCAAUUAUUGUGGAUGAGUCUGUUGUAAAACGGAAAGGUCUAAACAACAAGAUAUCUGGAGGAAGAUCAGUUCUCGUACAGUUUUUCGGCACCCAUGAUUUUGCUAGAAUACAAGUCAAACAAGCGGUCUCAUUUCUUAAGGGGCUUCUGUCACGGUCUCCCCUGAAGUGCAAGCAACCUCGGUUUGAAGAGGCCAUGGAGGAAGCAAAGAUGUACCUAAAAGAAUAUAAGCUUCCAGGAAGGAUGGAUCAACUUCAAAAUGUUGCUGAUACUGGUUGUUCAGAAAGGACUAAUAGUGGUGAAGAGGGCAGCUCAAACUCUGGUGAUGAUCACACAAAAGAUGGAGAAGUCUGGUUGCGGCCAAUGGAACUUGGAGAUUGCUUGCAUAGAAUCGGAGAUCUGCGAAUAAUUAGUCUUGGAAGGAUUGUGACAGACUCCGAAUUUUUCAAGGAUAGUCAGCAUACUUGGCCCGAAGGGUAUACAGCUAUAAGAAAGUUCAUAUCACUGAAAGAUCCUGAUGUAUCUGCCAUGUACAAGAUGGAAGUGCUUAGAGAUGCCGAGUCAAAGACUCGCCCUGUUUUUAGAGUGACAACCAACAGUGGUGAGCAGUUUAAGGGGGACACUCCAUCUGCCUGCUGGAAUAAAGUAUAUAAUAGGAUAAAAAAGAAUCAGAGUGCUUCCGAUAGUCCUGAUGUUAUGGGUAAAGGACUUUUAGAGUCUGGUACAGAUAUGUUUGGCUUCUCCAACCCAGAAGUAGAUAAACUUAUUCAGGGGCUAUUACAAUCCAAACCACCGUCGAAGGUUUCUCAACGUAAAUAUAGUUCAGGAAAGUAUCAAGAUCAUCCUACUGGUUAUCGACCUGUACGGGUGGAUUGGAAAGAUCUUGAUAAGUGCAAUGUCUGCCACAUGGAUGAGGAAUAUGAGAACAAUUUGUUUCUGCAAUGUGAUAAAUGUAGAAUGAUGGUCCAUUCCAGAUGCUAUGGGCAGUUGGAAUCUCGUGAUGGGAUUCUGUGGUUAUGCAACUUGUGUCGUCCUGGCGCUCUUGAUAUUCCUCCUCGAUGUUGUCUUUGUCCUGUAGUAGGGGGGGCUAUGAAGCCAACAACUGAUGGGCGCUGGGCUCAUCUGGCUUGUGCCAUUUGGAUCCCAGAAACAUGCUUAUUGGAUGUGAAGAAAAUGGAACCGAUUGACAGGGUUAAUAAAAUCAAUAAGGAUCGUUGGAAAUUAUUGUGCAGCAUCUGUGGUGUAUCUUAUGGAGCUUGUAUCCAGUGUUCAAAUAGCUCUUGUCGAGUGGCAUAUCAUCCCCUAUGUGCACGAGCUGCUGGUCUCUGUGUUGAGCUUGCAGAUGAGGAUAGACUUUUUCUUUUAUCAAUGGAGGAUGAUGAAGCAGAUCAGUGCAUCCGCCUGCUUUCCUUUUGCAAGAGGCAUCGACAAGCGUCAAACGACCACCUAGACACUGAGUACAUGAUCAAACCUGCUCAUAAUAUUGCCAAGUAUCUCCCACCUCCCAAUCCAUCUGGCUGUGCUCGCACUGAGCCAUAUAAUUAUCUUGGAAGAAGAGGACGAAAGGAACCCGAAGCUGUUGCUGGAGCUAAUUCAAAACGUUUAUUUGUUGAGAAUCAGCCGUAUAUUGUUGGCGGAUACUCUCGACAUGAAUUUUCAGCCUAUGAACGCAUUUAUGGAUCAAAGAUGUCACAAUUAAUUACUCCAAGCAAUAUUCUCUCUAUGGCCGAGAAAUAUACAUACAUGAAGGAAACUUACAGGAAGAGAUUAGCAUUCGGGAAAUCGGGAAUCCAUGGUUUUGGGAUCUUUGCAAAGCUUCCGCACAGGGCAGGAGAUAUGGUGAUUGAAUACACUGGUGAACUUGUUAGGCCUCCAAUAGCUGACAAGAGAGAACAUCUUAUAUACAACUCAAUGGUGGGUGCUGGGACCUAUAUGUUUAGAAUUGAUAAUGAGCGGGUCAUAGAUGCAACAAGGACAGGAAGUAUUGCCCACCUGAUCAAUCACUCAUGUGAGCCAAAUUGCUAUUCAAGAGUCAUUAGUGUUAAUGGUGAUGAGCAUAUUAUCAUAUUUGCAAAGAGGGAUGUCACAAAAUGGGAGGAGCUGACCUAUGAUUACAGAUUUUUUUCAAUUGAUGAGCGCCUUGCAUGUUACUGUGGUUUCCCAAGAUGCCGGGGUGUUGUUAAUGACACCGAAGCCGAAGAACAACAGUCAAAUAUUCAUGCUUCUCGCUGUGAGUUAAAAGAUUGGACAGAAACCUGAGAGGUUAGUAGAUGUCUUAUCUCCAUUGAAGAUGAUGACUUCUUUAACGCGUCUUUAUCUCUUCGAGAAGUGCCUAAUAUCACGGUGCUUACUUGAUCCAGAUCUUCACAUCUGGUGUACAUGAGAUCUUUGUGAGGAUGUCAAACGUUUAAGAAUUCUCAUGAUUCUGGCUAACUUCCCCAUCUAGAGAUGCCUUAAUCUCCCUAAGCACAUACUGUAGUAACUCUCUCUUAACUUCGGAUCGGUCUAUCCCAAGAGUUUGUAACAAUAUAUUUCUUGUACAGAUGCUAAUAAAUACUAGAACCGCAUUAACCCUUUUUGUAAGAUGAGGCACAUUACAGUCUUGGGUAAAUGAAAAAAACCAGCAUUUUCUUCUUUA